CUGUUGACAUGGCAGCAGAUAAGACCGCAAGCAAAACUAACAGCUCUGUCGUGUCUUUUUCCCUCUCCUUUUACGCACAAGAACUUCUGUUUUUUAAACUUUGCCAACUUGCCUGAGACGCGCACAGAAACCUGGAUACAAAUUCUUGGACAUUACCAACAAAAAAAACAAGAAUCUGAUCACUAUUUACUCCUCUGCGGGCUGCUUUUGACUCCGGCAAAGCUGUUGGCCUUCAUGCAUGACCUCGGUUCUGCUUCUUGUUCAGCUCCUGAUUGGAGACAUCACUGUGCCAUUUGUGCGCUCUGAGCCGGAGCGGCAGCGGCGAUAAUGCAGCAAGAACGGCUGCUCAAAGUGUUGGUCAUCGGCGACCUGGGAGUCGGAAAGACGUCCAUCAUAAAGCGCUACGUGCACCAGGUGUUCUCCCAGCACUACCGGGCCACCAUCGGGGUGGACUUCGCCCUCAAAGUGCUCAACUGGGACCAGAAGACGAUGGUGCGGUUGCAGCUGUGGGACAUCGCUGGCCAGGAACGAUAUGGCAACAUGACCCGGGUGUACUACAGGGAGGCCGUUGGGGCGCUGGUGGUGUUUGACAUGACCAGAUCGUCCACGUUUCAGGCCGUCCUCAAGUGGAAAGGAGACCUGGACUCGAAGGUCGCCCUGAGCAACGGGAGGCCGGUUCCAGUCGUCCUAUUGGCCAACAAGUGUGACCAACGUCGUCACGGUUUGUGCCCCAAACUGCCCAAACUGGAGAACUUCUCUCAGGAGUACGGCUUCGUCGGCUGGUACGAAACCUCGGCCAAGGACAACACCAACAUCGACGCCGCCAUCAUGUGUUUGGUGAAGAACAUCAUGUUGAUCGAAGAAGAGAAAACCCUGACCGAGGCAUCCAUUGAACCGGACAGUGACAUCAUAGUUCUGCCUCGCUUCGACUACAACAUGAAGGAGAAGAGACUCGAUGGAUGUUCAGGUUGCUCCUCGAUUAAACCCAAACACGGAGACGACUGAAGCAGGAGAGGAGAGAUCAUUUAAGGGAUGAAGUUUCAAGUUGCAUCUCUUCCUUCCACACUCACUUCUUUCAUCAGAGAACUUGAUGGAAACUGUUUUUUAAUUCCAAAAUGAGAACAUUUCAAGUUAAAACCUCUUUCUGUCUGUGGAGGAUAAAACAAUUUUUUCAACCAACGGGCUGAAAAGUUUGUUACGUCACCUCAAAAGUCUUUUAUGGGGGUCUUGACUUGCGUCCGAAUUCCAUUCGCGUUGAAACGUGAUUCCGCCGUAAGUCGGAACUCACAUACGUACAUAAGUGGUGUACAACUGGCGAAUGUUGACAUGCCGUCUUCUUCAUAUAGCGCUGCAUGAUGAUGUGUUCAUCCGCUCCGCUCGCCAACUAGUUCCUGCACAAAAUUUGUUUUAACAUCGCAAAAGCCGUACGAUGGAAUUAUGGAAGAAGACUUUGUUAAAGAAUUUAUGGGAGACGGCAACCUAACCACGAAACGCCGUAGGUUGAGGACGUCGUGAACCGAGGACCUGCUGUAUUUGGAACAUGUGGAAACAGACAGUUUCUGGUUUGAAAGAAAAACUGAAGUGAGGAGAGAGGUUUUGUUGAAGACGAAGGACAUUUAUGGCAUUUUGAAGGUCUUCGUUGUUGAGAAAAGCCGCUUUGUUCUGUUCAUAACUGCUUCAACAAUCAUCCUGUACAUCAAGCGUUUUGCAUUUAAAGGAAAUCACCUUCUGUAUUUUUCGCUGAAUGCUCCUGAUUUAUUUAUGAAAUUUGUAAAAGGUAAUUAAUAACUUAAAUUGUUUCUCUUGUGUUGUCUGCUUCAGUUUCUCUUCAGUUCCAGAAGAUCUGUUGAGUUCUUAAGGAGGUUUUUGACUACUGGUGGUGCUAUUGAGCAAUUAAAAAUUUUCACAAAA